AUGGCUCCUCGAAUCCGCCUCUCCGCCUCUCCCUUCAUCUUCCGCCGCCUCUACUCAACUCCCUCCGAGCCCCUCAUCCGCGUCACGAACCUCCCCGCAGGCGCAAACUCAAACGGCCACAUCCGCGUCCUCGAGCUCAACCGCCCACAGGCCAGAAAUGCCAUCUCCAGAGACCUGCUAGCCUCGCUACGCGCCGAGAUUGACGAUGUCCAGAGCCAAUACGGCCCCAACGGCGAGGAAAUCUCUCCCAAGCAGCGCUUCGGCGGAGCUGCUGGCAUCGACGAGCAUGGCCCCACGAGAGCUCUGGUUCUCGCCAGUGCGGUUGAUACAUGUUUCUGCGCAGGCGCUGAUCUGAAAGAGCGUCGAGGCUUCACCCCAGAAGAAACGGCCCAAUUCCUCUCCAACCUCCGCAGCACCUUCACCAGCCUCUCCAACCUCCAAAUCCCUACAAUCUCCGCAAUCUCCUCCCUCGCCCUCGGCGGCGGCCUCGAGCUCGCCCUGUCCACCCACUUCCGCGUCCUCUCCUCCAACGCAACCGUCGGCCUGCCUGAGACCCGCCUCGGCAUCAUUCCCGGCGCCGGCGGCACCUUCCGCCUCCCUGCCCUCAUCGGCCUCUCCCGCGCCCGCGAUCUCGUCCUCACGGGCCGCCGCGUCGCCGCCCCGGAGGCUUACUUCCUCGGCAUUGCCGAUCGCCUUGUCGAGGUCAUCCCCGAGGAUGAGCGCGAAGGGUCGGAUAUCCUGCAGAUUGCGCGCAAGUCUGCCCUGUCAGAGGCUGUCAGGCUGGCUCAGGAGAUUUGCGAGGGAGGACCCGUUGCUAUCCGUGCUGGGCUGCAAGCCGUUGCCUGGGCUAGGGAGGAGAAGGAGAAUGAGAUGUACCAGAGGGUUGUCAACACUGAAGAUAGAAAUGAGGCGUUGAAGGCGUUCCAAGAGAAGCGAAAGCCCGUCUUCAAGGGCCGGUAA